CAAGCCGACAAGAGCUCACUUUUCCAAUUUUCUUUUCAUAUUCAUCUUCUUCCUCUGGAUGCAUUUCGUUUCAACAACCUUCAAGUUAAAAACACCCAGAAAACCAAAAUAAGCCGAAGUGAAGAGGUAAACAUGAAUUUGUUUCAGUUUUCAAGCUCAAAACAAUCAUACUGGAAUUGGGUUUUCUUCUUUAUCUUUUCUUUGUUGAUUUCAACCUCUUUUUCUGAUCCAAGAAUCUCAAACCCUGGUCUUUUUUGUGGGAAAUUCAAUCCGUUAAAUGGAACUAACUUUGUUCCAACCUUUGUUAAAGAGAUGCAAGGUCUGUCAGAAGCCAUUAAUGCUCGACAUUUCGCUACUUAUCACCUUAAUUCCACGCUUCCAAUCUAUGCUUUAGCACAGUGUCAUCAAGAUCUUUCACAAACAGAUUGCCUUCUCUGUUAUGCAGCUUCGAGGACCAAGAUUCCACGUUGCCUUCCUUUUAACUCGGCUCGAAUCUUUCUCGACGGAUGCUUCUUGCGUUAUGAUAAUUACAGCUUUUUCAAGGAGUCUGUUUCGUCGAGUUUUGAUAAAGUUAUUUGUAGUAAUGAUAAUGUAGCAAAGGUUGAUGAAAAACGUACUAAGAGGGUUGGUUAUGCAGUUGGGAAGGUGACUAAAGUUGCUUUGAGAAAUGGUGGAUUUGGGACAGCAGCGGUUGAUGGGGUGUUCGCAUUGGCGCAGUGUUGGAAAAGUGUCCCCUUUGAAGGGUGUCAAGAGUGCUUGCACAAGGCGGAAAUGGAGGUCAGAGGCUGCUCGCCGAAGGCUGAAGGGAGAGGGUUGUAUACUGGGUGUUAUUUGAGGUACUCAACUAAGAAGUUCUUCAAUGAAAUGGGAGAAACAGAACAUAAUCAUGGGGUUUCAGGAAUUGCAGUCAUAAUAGCCAUUAUUUCAGCAACAUCUGCAUUCAUAAUGCUCUCUGUCUUUGUGGCUUAUGCAACUUAUGCAAGAUUAUCAAAGAGAAAGAAAGAACUUGAAAACCUCGGCCAGAUUUCGAUAAACUUUGAAAAAUCAGGAUUGAAGUUCAAGUAUGAAACCCUUGAGAAAGCAACAGACUAUUUCAGUCUUUCCAGGAAACUAGGCCAAGGAGGAACUGGUUCAGUGUUCAUGGGGAUUCUUCCAAAUGGGAAGAUUGUUGCAGUAAAGAGAUUGAUAUACAAUACUAGACAAUGGGUUGAUGAGUUUUUCAAUGAAGUAAAUCUAAUCAGCAAGAUUCAACACAAGAAUCUGGUGAAACUUCUCGGUUGUAGCAUUGAAGGCCCUGAGUCUCUCUUGGUUUAUGAGUAUUUACCGAACAAGAGCCUCGAUCAAUUCAUUUUUGAUGAGGAGAAAGCAAAACGUUUAAAGUGGAAGCAUAGGUUUGAUAUCAUUGUUGGAACAGCUGAGGGUUUAGCAUAUCUUCAUGGAGUAGAGUCUCAAAUAAGGAUAAUCCACAGGGACAUUAAAAGCAGCAAUGUCCUUUUAGAUGAGAAUCUCAAUCCAAAGAUUGCUGAUUUUGGACUAGUACGAUGUUUAGCUCCUGAAAAGAGUCAUCUUAGUACUGGAGUUGCUGGAACACUAGGAUAUAUGGCUCCCGAGUACCUUAUUCGAGGACAACUCACAGAGAAAGCCGAUGUUUACAGUUUCGGUGUUCUAGUUCUUGAGAUUGUAUGUGGUAAAAGGAAUGCCACCUUUUCAAAGGACUCUUCUUCGCUUCUACAAACAGUUUGGACACUUUACAGAUCAAACAGAUUAGCUGAAGCAGUAGACCCUUGCAUAAGAGAUGAAAUAUUAGCAAAAGGAGGCCCAGAUUAUGUGCUUCAAAUUGGGUUAUUAUGCACACAAGCUUCAGUUUCUUUAAGACCAUCAAUGGUGGAAGUAGUUCAGAUGUUAACUGAUACAGAUUGUGAAAUCCCCAUACCAAACCAACCUCCAUUCAUAAAUGGUAAUGUCCAAGAACCAGAGAGAUCGACCAAGUCUUAUAGCUUAGAUAGUUUCAUAUCAAAUGCAGUGAAGAAAAUUCAAGGUUCAGGCACUUUCUCUGAGUCAUCAAGAACUCAUAGUUCAGAUGAACCAUCAAAAACCCAAUAAUAAUUUGCAAAAAUUUAGGCUCAAGAACAAGUUCUGAGGAACAUCAAUGCCAUAUAAAUGAACCCCCCAAAGAUUCAUUUUUGAAAAGAUUUUGGAAGGUAUUAAAAAAAAACCUCACUUUACAUACGCGUAAUGUCAAAAACAAUUUAUAUAUUAUUCAUGGAGAUCCUAUAUUAUGUAUUAAAAGUUAGAUUAUUAUUUAAUUUAACACA